AUCACACGUCGCACAGCGCUUGUAAGUGAAUGCGCUGUUCUUCCUUAUCUUCUGGUGCUGCAAAAGGCACGGCAAGUUGAAGUCACUGGAAGAACACCCCUCCAGCACUGCAUCCCACAAGAUGUCCGGCGAGGAAGAAACCAGGCUCUCCUUGAGCCCGGAGAGCAAGAAGAGUCGGGCGAAGGCCAUUCAGAAGGAGAUCCGGGCACUUGAGCGUGACUUGCUUUCCCUGGAUCCCAGUCUCGCGGCGAAAACCCGGCGUGGAGGCUGCUGCGGCGGAAGCAAGCCCAGGCCUGGCACUCCGUCGUCGGUGUCCUAUCAAAUGCAAAAAUGUCUGGGUCUGGAAAAGUCAUGCUGCUUUUGCAUGACGCAUAAGGUCUGGCAUGGAAGCUCUAGCAUCACAGAUUUCGAGAAGCUUCCGCAAUGCCGAAUCCGCAUGACAAACGCCCCAUUUUGGUGACAGAAAGUGGGCAGCUUUUGAUUUUUAUGUGUUGUGAAAUGCGCAUCACAAGUUCGCAUUCCUCCAGACCCAGACAUAUUUGCAAUGCAUAUGUCCUCCCCAAAUGACAAAGUCGUGGAGGAUGAGAUCAAAGCGGAGUUGUCAGCGGAGGAAAUGAAGCAGGGCCACGAGUACCCGCUGAAUUUUGCGAUGAAGGUACGAGUUUCUUGUUAGUAUCGACGCUGGUUCGUGCUGUACAUAGGAAACACAAAAAGCAUAAAAAACCAUCCGACACCAAGAUGAAACCGCGGCUUUUGAAAGAUUUUCCCCCAUGGCAAUUUCCCUCUUGGAGGAUCAUCUUUUCAAAAUUCGGAAAAAAAAAACACAGAUGAUGCACGUGCUGUGGCCGAACGCAGAGCGUGCUUUCGCUCGGAAAAUCCAGUACAACAUUGUCCCGUUGCUCGCGAAGGAUCUCCCCCCUGCGAUGCAGGACAUCACCGUGAGUCGGAUCUACCUCGGCAAAGCGCGGCCGAAAAUGGGGCCACUGCGGCUCAUUCCGCCGAACUACCGAGCGCAGGUCCGCGCGAGUCGCGCCGACCGCGGGGGCAGUGUCGUAUUACAAUGAAAAAUACCCCCACCCCCAAAGUUGCAAUAACAGAGAAAUUUAUAGACAGGGAGUAGGGAGGACCAGGGAGGACCAGGGAGGAGCGUUCGCGUCUAUAUAGAAAAAGCAUCGGGCAUUUUUUCAAAAUGUGUUCACCGAUGGCAUGGCGAACUUUCGGGCCAAGGCCCCUUCAGCUUUCUGAUAGCCAUACCAAUAACAACUGCGUGGCCCGAAAUUGAACAGCGACGCAGUAAAUUGUUGAAGUAGCCACUUCAACAGUUUGCGUUGUUGUUCAGUUUACAACUUGCCAUGCAGUUGUUAUGGAAGUGGCUACUUCAAUUCGCACAGGCAAACUGUUGAAGUUGCCAUUUCAAAAACUUGCGUUGUGCAAAUUUUUGAAGUAGUCACUUCAACAAUUUGCGUUCUUGUUGUUGUUCGGCUUGGGUUUGCAACGUGUCACGCAGCUUGUGUUGAAGUGGCUACUUCAACUUCGCGGAGAGUUGAGGUAGCCAUUUGAAUAGCAAGCGCAUGACAAAUUGCCACAAUAGUGACAAUUUAUUGAAAUUGAACAAAAAUUGUGAAAGUGGCCACUUCAACAAUUCGGGUUCUGCGAAUUGUUGAAGUGGCCAUUUCAAAAAUUCGGGCUGUGCAAUGUGUUGAAAUGGCCAUUUCAACAAAACCCGAAUUGCAAUUGUUGAAAUGGCCAUUUCAACAUUUUGCACGACCCGAAUUAUUUCAACAAUUCGCAGAACCCGAAUUGUUGAAAUGGCCCUUUCAACAUUUUGCACAACCCGAAUUGUUGAAAUGGCCAUUUCAACAAUUCGCAGAACCCGAAUUGUUGAAAUGGCCAUUUCAACAUUUUGCACAACCCGAAUUGUUGAACUGGCCAUUUCAACAAUUCGCAGAACCCAAAUUGUUGAAGUGGCCAUUUCAACAAUUCGCAGAACCCGAAUUGUUGAAAUGGCCAUUUCAACACUUUGCACAACCCAAAUUGUUGAAGUGGCCAUUUCAACAAUUUGGGUUGUGCAAAUUGUUGAAAUGGCUAUUUCAACAAUUUGCGUUGUGCAAAUUGUUGAAAUAAUUGUGCAAAAUGUUGAAGUGGCCACUUCAGCAAUUCGGGUUUUGUUGAAAUGGCCAAUUCAACAUUUUGCACAACCCGAAUUGCUGAAGUGGCCACUUCAACAAUUCGCAGAACCCGAAUUGUUGAAGUGGCCACUUUCACAAUUUUUGUUCGCACACGACGCAAAUUGUUGACAUAGCCACUUCAACAAUUGGCGUCGUUGUCCAGCUUCAGUUUGCAACGUGUCACGCAGCUGCUCACGACACUCUGGUGGAGAGUAGAAGUGGCCACUUCAUCAAAAGCUGCAUGACAAGUUGCAAACUGAACAACAACACAGAUAAUUCUUGCUGCAGUGGCUAUAAUUUGAACGCGUUUGCGUUGUUGUUCAAUUUCAACAACUGCCACUACUGUGGCAAUUUGUCAUGCAGUUGUUAUCGAAGUGGCUACUUUUUCAACUUUCUUCCGAUGGAUGGAGGACAGUUGGAGUAGCCACUUCAAUAGUUUGCCCUUCAUUUCUGCGCUACAGCUUGCCAAUCAUGAUGGCAAUUUGUAACGCAGAAACGAAGGGCAGGAGAAAGCUCUUCGCGUUUCUUUUGUCCUUCAUUUCUGCAUUUGUAACGCAGAAACGAAGGAGAAUAAAGCUACUGAGAGUUGAGAAAGCCACUUCAACAGCUUCGCACUUACUUGGCCCCUCAGCCUCAUGUGUGCGCUACAGCUUGCCAGCCGUUGACUUUGGCAAGCUGCCACGCAGGCGAGCGCCAUACUUAGCCAUAAAACUCAGGCGCCAAAAGUCGGGCCGCCGUGCAGUUUUCGCCGGGAGUUGGGUCCGAGGAAGGCUGGACUCCGCUCCCGGGAGCUGAAUCCAGACGCGCUCUCUGUUCGUAGAGCAUGGCGCAGAGCAAGGGGCGCACAAGUGGCGACCCCUGUUAGCGCAAGUUCCCCACCCACUUUCCAAAAAGUUUCCAAAGCCCCAAGCCCUUGGCGCGUCUGUUGCCCGCCAGCCGGGGCGCCGUUUGUGCGUGCCGUGCCCUCGGCUGCCCAGCUCGCGUCGCGUUUGGCAUUGGGAAGACACUCCGGCGCGGCGCGCCGCCGGCCCCAAUUGUAUUUGGGGCCGCCUGGCACUAAGUACAAACACCGAAAGGGCUGCCCUUCGUGGGUCUUGCGCUUUUCGCCAUGCCCAGGGGCGCCCGCUCCCUUUGUUGUGUCGGUGGCCCUUUUGGGGUCACCAGCGCCCCGCGCGCGCGAUGUAAUGUUGGCAGAGCAGCGCGGGGCGGGGGCGUUGUGGCAAGGCGGGGCCCCGCGCGGUUUUUGCAGGCCAGCCUUCGGGAGGUCCCGCGAGUGAGGUCGCCCGCGACCGGGCAAAAUGGCAGGCCGGCGGGGAGGCGACUUGGCCCAGGCGCCAGGAUGGCAGCGGGCGCACGCAAAUGCCUCCCGCUGACCUUACCGCGGCGCCUGUGGGUGCGUCCAUUGGUGCAGUAGGGUAUUGCGGCUCUUUGGCGAUCGCGGGCGAAGCAACUCGGGGGCGGGGGCUAAGGCCCCCCCUGCGCUAGCUUUUGAUUGGGCCCGGGCUUUGGCCCCUGCGCCACCCCGGGUGGGCCGCGCCGCCCUUUGGGUGGGUCGUUAGAAGUUGCCCGGGCCAGGCCCCCCCGCCGGUUUUUUGUUGCAGAGAGAAAGAACAGCCGCGCGCCGGGGGCCCGGCGCCCGCUGGCUUUUGCGCGCGAAGCCCGGAGGCUUCUUGCGGCCGGCCGCAAGCGGCAAGCGUCUCUCUGGCCUCCGCGGCCUUGUGCGCAGCGCUCGGCCCAACCCGAGCGACCGCCCGCGGACGCCCCAAGGCCCCGGCGGCUAUUUCAUUCGGGCGGGCUAGGGGGGUUGGUGGUGUUCCAUUUCCGCCCCGGCAUAGGCGCGGGCUUCUUUUGUAGCUAUGCUCGCUGGGGAUGGGGUCCGGAAUGGCUCCGGGCGGCUUUGGCCCGCCGCGGCCCAGCGCUGUGAGUGCUUCCGAAAGAAAGUACUUCAAGGGGGCGCCGGGUGUUUUCUGCGUUGGCUUUUCAUUCUAUUGGCUUUGGAAAAUUUUGGGAAGGCUUCGGGGAGAUAUUCGGGAGGCCCCUGCCGUGCUCUUUCCAGUUUUUCCAGAAAAAAGAAGAACGGGGGGGCCCGCCUUGCGGCCUCCGCUUGGGUGCGUCUGCCCGGGCCCGCCGCACGGGAGGCGCGCCCGCAUAUUGGAGGCGUUGGCCCGCCCCGGGGAAAGGGUGCGCCGCAGAGCGCGGCCAGGGAGGCGGGCCAAUCUGCCCUUUGCCGUCCGAGCCCGUCCCGGCGGCUUUCGCUUCUGCCCUGCCCUCCGCCCCAUAGCAGUCUUUUGGCCGGCCUUGUGCUUCGGGGCAGCCAGGCGGCCUGUUGGCCCGCCUCCGUCCGCCCCGACGCGCGCCCGCCCAUUUCGCCGGGGGCCCCGGGCCUUCGUUCCUUGUAUUGCCCGGCCCGUGCGCGUGUCCCACGCACUCGGCGUGUGGGUGUACCGCCCGCGCCCUACCCAGAAACUGCCUGCGUGGCGCGCCCCGCCCGCGCGGGCGGGCACGAAAAAGUUCGCAGGAUUUCCACCCUAACGCAAAAAAUUUCGAAAAAUCCACAUAGCGCAAAAACAAAAUCCAAAAAAAAACCAAAAAAAAACUUUUGAAUUUCUUUGCUUCCCCGACGGCCUGGCCUAUGUGGGGCAGCUCCCGAGUCUGUUCUCGCCCCUGUUUGUCAGAGGAGGGCCUGGCGUAGGUGUCGCAUAUUUGCCCGCUUGGGUGGUCCGCAUCUCUUGGCCUCCGCUCCUGGUGAUGAGAACCCAGAGUGGCGAAUCCGUGUGGGGUUGGGCCUUCUUCUGCCGGGGAGCAGAGGUUUCCUCGUGGCGCAUUUUCGCCACAGAGGAUUUCUUUUUGGGUUUGGCCAGGAAAAAUAUUAGAAAAAAUUUGAAAAAAAUCCGGGAAAAAUCAAGAGGCGCACAAAAAAAAUUUGAAAAAAAUUUUAGAAAUUGGCCAAUUUGCAAAAACCAAUGGGAUUUUGCUAAUGUCGCCGAUUUUCCGAAAUUUUUUUUGGCCUUUUUUGAGCGCCAUCGAAAUUUUAUCCGGCCGAAUCGAAAUUUUUUUUGGGCAAAUCGAAAUUUUUUUUAGAUUUUCCUUGGCCACAUGCUGAGGAAGUUCUUCACUUCAGUUCGAACGCAUCCGAGCGCCCGCGUUGUCGAGCAGCCGCGCCCAUCAUGCCUGCGCGCCGCAUCCCGCGCGCUCCCGAGGCAUUUCGAGCGCGCGCGGCGUGGCGACUUCGUGUUGAGUUUCAUCCCAUUGCGAAGCACCGAAGGCAGCGACCCACACCCCCCCACCCUUCUGGUGCAGCCUGCAGGAUGGGCCCCAACUCGCCUCCGGCCCAAGGGCCACCCCGCUACCCUUUGCGAAAAUUUUAAAAAAAUUCAGAAAAAAGUUGGAUUUUUCGGCCCAAAAGCGUUAGGGGCAAAAUCCGGCGAAAAAAAGGGGCCGGCCCCAGGACAGGCGUGCGCGGGCGAAGGGGCCCGCAGGAAGGGUGGCGCAACUUAUUUUGCCCACUGGACUGACUGACUUCGCCCGGUCGGUCGCAAUGGCGGUGGGCACGCACCCACGCAGGCAAACCAGCUCGGCGGCCGAACUGCCGGCGAGGGCCCGAGGAAGGAUGGAGCAGAGAAGCUGCAUGCCGCCGCCCUAAUGAGAAGACUGGCAAAAAGAGCAGGGGCGGGGCCCGCCAAAAGUUGGGCGGCAGUGGGCCUCGGCCCGGGCAUCCACCCCAUGCGCGCGCCCAUGCUAUGGGCACCGUUGUGACAGCCGGGCGGGCCGUGUCCUGCCUGCCGCGCGCGGCUUUCUCUGGGCCCUCUCGCGUAGUUCGGGUCCAGAGGGGCCGUGGGCCUUGGUCUUGCUUUUCGUUUAUCGGUCGCCGCGCCGCCGUGUCCUGCAGAACAUUACUCAAUAGGCAUAGCCAUUAUUUAGUCAUGACGGCGUGGCACGGGAGUAAAGACCUUGGAAUUAAUGCGGGCAGGGUGCCUAACCCGCGGGGGAGAAAACAAUCCAAAGCCCGGGGCGGUUGGAUGUGGAUCAGGGGCAAAUUUUGUGUAUGUGCUGGAAAUUUAUUGUUGAAAUAUUAAUAUUUUUGAAAAGCUUUGCGCGGUCCGUUUGUAGGGUAGCUUUGCCUUUGCCAUCGCGUCGCCUUAUAGCUUUGUCUUUUGUCGCCGCAUUCCCGACAUCGCACUACCAUGGGGAUUGAGUAUAUUCCGCAUGGAAAACUCGCGCAAAUUGUUAAAGAGCACCAUACCGCCGCGAUUGGGGUUUUUAUGAUUUUCCGGCUUUCGGUUUUGGGUUUUAUAUAGCAAAAUCUCCUCCCUGGUCCUCCCUACCCUGGGACCCGGGAUUCUAUAAACUCUUCUGCAAUAACUUGUGAUGCAAAGUUUCCAAAUGAAAACUUUUUGUCAUGCAUGAAAGGCCUAUGAAUCUUUCUGAUGCAGAGUCUAGGUGUAUAUCGCAUUGCUUGCAUGACAAGCGCCGCUCCUGCUGGGAUCUUGCGCAAUGCAAAUUUAUUCUAUUCACGAUUGAAAAUCUGUGAUGCUGAUGAAUGCAAGAGGGCGAAUGUUUCAUUUGCAAAGGUUUGCAAUACAAAUGCUCCCAAGUUCGGGGGUGGGGGCAUUUUUCAUUGUAAUAUGUCGGGUCCAGUGUCCACUCAAGCCCGAUGUCAAAGUCGCGGGGCAAUAUGGAGGGCCAGCACCGCGAAGAAGUUUUUGUGCGAGAUGUUGAGACGAAGCAAGGGUCUAAUCUGGUCGCAGGCGGUCGCGGCGCGAGCAGCAUAGCGCCGUCCCGUUUAUCAUUCGACAGCGAAGUGGAGCGCGUUCCGUUUAUCACAGAAAACAGCUCAUCUUCCUCGAGCGCAUCUGCAUCCGGGGAGGAAGCGGUGGAUCUGAAACAUGUUCCGCGAGCGAAACAAGGAUCCGCACCUCGGAAGCCAGAGUCCGAACAGCCACAAGGCGCAGGUAUCAGCAGUUUUCCCUUCUUCUCGUGUUUGUCCCGCUCGGGGACCGCAUCGGGAUCCUCGUGUUUUGGCGCGCGGGGUCCAACAGCCUCGACAGAAGGAGGAAACAUCAUCGGAGAACCUGCAAAUAACUCGGACGAGUUGCAGGUUCAGCCGUCCGAGCAGUGCCGCUACCCCUCUGCCUCUCCGCACAUCGAAGAUUCUUCCUCCGGGAGCACCACGCGGUUCUUAUCCGCCUGCAGCGAGAGGGCAAGUUCCCCGCCGUGCUUGAAGUCUCACUUCGCCGAGCAGUUCGCGGAGGCCCUGGAGGAGGCCACGCACGAAGCUUUCGUGAUAGAGGGCGCGCAUCGGCAGGAAAUAAACCAAAAAUCUUCCGGGACGUCUGCUGAACAAGUCGACGGCAUAAUUCUGGAAGACAAGGCUGCCCCGGAGAGCCGGUGCUGCACGCCGGCGAAGCAACCGACCGCGGAGGGGGAAGCGAAUGACGCGGAAAUUGAGGAGGGCCGAGAACCACAAAAACACAUCGUCGGCGGACUCGACGAGGUCCCGCCGAGCCCGGGGAGAAACAGCGCGCGGUCCGUCCGGUCGCCCGACAAGAACCUGGAUCGCUCCUGGUCGGCGGUCGCGGACUUGGUUGGGAAGGACGAGGUGGAUCGGCUUGUGUGGGAGAUGCCCUUCGAGUGGCGCAGCGACAUGCUGGUCGAGUUCACCGCUUUGAAUGGAAUGAUGCGGUUUGGCUGCGAAGAGUUCUACACGAAGGGGGACAUGCAGAUCGUGAUGCGCCCCAUUUUGAACGAGGUGCCCCUGUACGGCGGAAUAUCCGUUGGGUUUAUCAAUCCCCCGGAGAUGGACUUCAAGUUUGUCGGGACGGGGUCCGGGCUGGCGCAAGUGCCCAUGUUUGCGCGGAAGAUGAAGCAGGUGGCGGUGAUGGAGUUCGCCAAGCGGUUUGUGUUGCCGUACUCCAUGUUCCUCCGUACCGUCCCGGUGGAUAAGUUAGACCUCCCCUCCUUGAAGUUCCACGCGGUCCCGGAUUUCUGCGUGCGGGUGGAGGUUUUGGAAAUGCGGGACUUACCCGGGUCCGACUACCACCUGUUUUCGCAGGCCACUUCCGACCCCUACUGCGUCUUCAAGCUCGGCCCCUUGACCUACCAAACCGAGGUCGUGAAAGCGAACUUGAACCCGGUGUUCACGGAGAGAAUGCGGCGGUCGGGGGAGUUUCUGGUCUACAACGCCCGGCAGCGGUUGUACGUGGAAGUCUACGAUCGGGAUGUUUUGUCCGCCGACGACCUCCUCGGGAAAAACGACUGGGUGAUUGGCGAUCUGAUCGGGGCGGAACCGGUGUGGGUGGACCUGCAGAUGCCCCCGGAGCUGAAAUCUUCGCACAAGCACACGCGGCCGCAGAUCAAGCUGAAGGUGACGAAGUUGCUGCCCGUGGUGAUGCAGCCCCCGUCGGACGACAGUGACUUCCCGAACAGCACGCCCAUCUCGACUGCGCGGGGGCAGUCUUUGCUGAAUCUCGGCGGCGUGAUAGAUCCGGGCAACACGGAGAUGGGGGCAAACGCGAAGAAGGCGAUGCAGCGCUUCGGCUCGACGAUGUCCACCGCUGUGACGAAAGCGAUGUAUCCUGUGCAAAAGUAUCGUACUCGUACUAAUUGCAGAUAUGCAUGACAAAUCCAACUUUCUACCUGAAACAGCAUGACAAAUUGCAUUUUUGGUCUUCGGAAAAUUUGUAAUGCAAUUAUAUACUAGUACGAAUACGAUACUUUUGCACUGCAUACGAUGACCAAGUCGCCGAUCCCGAAGCAUUUGAUGCCGCGCACCUACCUUUUAGAGAUAAAAGUGUACGGGUGCAACGGGUGCAAGAACAGCUCCAUGUCGGCGAUCAAUCUGCGGUUGAACAUCAAGGCGAAAUCGGAAAAGGAGCACGAGAAGGUGUUAUUGCAGUGAAAAGUAUCCUGCACUCCUGAAAUUGCAAAAUUUUGUGAUGCGAAGUUUCCAAAUGAAAACUUUUUGUCAUGCAUGAAAGGAGUAUGAACCUUUCUGAUGCAGAUUCUAGGCGUGUAUCGCAUCGCUUGCGUGACAAGCGCCGCUCAUGCUAGGGUCUUUUGCAAUGCAAAUCUUUGCUAUUCACAACAUUGGAAACCUGUGAUGCUGAUAGAUGCAAGAGGGCGAAUGUCUCAUUUGGAAAGGUUUGCAUAUACAAAUGCUCCCAAGUUCGGGGGUGGGGGCAUUUUUCAUCGUAAUAGGUGUUCUUCGACACGGCGCGGUCGUUGGUCGCGACGAUGAAGCUAUCAAAUGUAAAAAUGUCUGGGUCUGGAAGAAUUCAACUUGUGAUGCUAAGUUUGGACUCCAAAAAAAUCUGUAUUGCAUGAGCAGCAAAGGGAGUGUAAUUUUUGCUGCGCGGAGAGGGCAUUUGUCAUACGGAAUAGGCAUCGCGAGGCCCUCAAAAAAUCUGUGAUGCUAGGGCAUGCAUCACAGACAUCAUGGCCCAGGCAAAACAUGCAUGACAAGCCUCAGAAUCUUCCAGACCCAGACAUUUUUACAUUUGAUAGAAGCUCCCCCAGAACCCGACCUUGCAGAAGGGGAGCAGCGUUCCCGUCUCCUCCGAAGUGGUGCAGCAGCUGCGCUUCGCGGGCUACUCCGCAGCGAAGAUCGCACACUUUCUCGGCGUAAAUUUGGCUGACGUAGAUAAUCACCUGCGCGGGGCGCACGAGGAGCUGUGGUGCAAGUCGUUCUUCGUGUUCGUGCGUGACCCGUCGAUCACGCGGGUGAAAUUGGCGGUGUUAGGGUCCAAGAACCAGUUUUCCGCGGACCCGACCAAGUACAAGAAGUACCAAGACGAAAAGCAGUCCGUGUUGCCCGGAGCAAAAAUCGCGGUCGGGGUGGUCAAUAAGCUUUCCUCCGUCGCGCGCGCCGGGAGCCGGGUGUUCGGCAGCGGGGCGGAGAAAUCAAGAAAGUCGAAAAGACGCUCCUCGUCUGCGGGAAGCAGCGAUAGUCUCGGGAAUGUGCCGGGUAAGUACUAGGGUUCUUUGUUGAAUCGGUACCAGUAGAAGACUCUUUGUCGUGCAGUUGUGAUUGAUUUUCGCGAUCAUUUACUUGGUCGCUAUUGCUAGUCGUGUGGUCGAAAAAUAAAAAUAUAAAAAGGCGAUGGCGAACACAAAAUUCAGGCGCGUCCAAAGACGCUUUGGUUGAAGAAAGCGACGACGAAGAGGAGGAAAAGCCCGAGGAUCCCAACGACCCAGCGUUUACGGAGCACUUGGACGAGAUCCGGCCACCGAAUACCUACGAAUUGAAAACGCUUCUGAAAAGGAUGAACUACGCGGAGCGGCUGUCCAUGAAGCCGGGAAUUGCGGGGCCAGCCGCUGGAUUGGACGUGGACAUCUCGUUUCAACUGCGGUACCUGCAGGAAGAGGACGAGGAAGAGGAUAGGCUGGCGUAAGAAAAACGUGGAAGGGAUUUGUUUUUACGUUGAAGAGAAUUUCAACGUAGAAAUAGAAGGGCGAAUGCGUGUCAUCAAUGUCGUUCUCUACCUUCUGCGAUUUCGUUCGAAAGCGUGCUACGGUAAUACAGCAUUUUUUUGUAGUAGUACAGCAGUAUCAGAGCUACAAGACAAUUCUUCAAAAUUUGAUGUAAUCAGUAUCAGAUGAGAUGAAGCGACUGUACGAUUUAGAGUUUUAUUUUGCAUGUUCAGAAUGGUCCUACCAUGACAUCAGGACACCCGCGUGGAGCAGGGGAUUAGUUUUUUGCAUGUACGAUAUGUUCCUCAACGAACUACAAACAACGGAAACACAAAAUUUCCAAUUGUACACAACUAUUUGAAAAUCUUGAC